AUGCCGACGCUCGCGAUCAACAACUUCAACAUUGUGUGCGCCACUUUGGGCGGCUUCAUCACGCUGUUUGGGUUGGUGAGCUAUUUGAUGAAGGAGAAGUUUUAUCUGAGUGAAGCGUGCGUUAUUUUCUCACCCCAUGGAACGAAUUGGAUUAGGCCAGAGGAUUACGCGCUGAAUGGCGAGCACACGCUCGAUACCAUCACGCUCUACUUUACGCGCCUGGUGCUGGGCGUGCAACUUGUACUCGCAGGCGUACAGCUACCCUCCAAAUACCUAAAGACAGAAUGGAAGAGUCUGUCGCUUUUACUCGGUCCGGCUAUGACAGUCAUGUGGAUCGUGACCAGUCUCAUCGUUUUCGCCCUAGUCCCGCAUAUCAGUUUCCUACAGGCUCUCGCGGUAGGCGCUUGCGUUACCCCUACCGACCCUGUUCUCUCGAAUUCAAUUGUCAAGGGCAAAUUCGCGGAUGCCAACAUUCCCAAGGAACUUCAGAAGAUCAUAGUAGCGGAAUCUGGGGCGAAUGAUGGACUGGGGUAUCCGUUUUUGUUCUUGCCGCUGUAUCUCAUUCAGCAUAUUGGACAUGGUGGGUUGGGUUCAGACAAUAGUACAAGGGUCGCGAUGGGCCUUUGGUUUGGCGAGACGUGGGGGUAUACGAUUUUGUUGAGUGUGGUGUACGGAGCUGCGGUCGGGUGGGUUGCAAAGGAGUUGCUGCAUUGGGCUGAGGAGAGGAAGUAUGUGGAUCGGGAGAGCUUUUUGGUUUUUGCGAUCACAUUGGCGCUCUUCAUUGUUGGCACGGUCGGAAUGAUCGGUAGCGACGACGUUCUUGCGUGCUUCAUUGCCGGCAACGUAUUCACCUGGGACGAUUGGUUCCGUCUCGAAACGAUGGACGACUCUUUUCAACCCACUAUUGACAUGCUACUCAACGUCUCCGUCUUCAUCUGGCUCGGCGCAGUCUGUCCCUGGGAACUUUUUGCCAACUCCCCUGUUAUUCCUCUUUACCGCCUCAUUUUCCUGGGAAUUCUCGUCUUGCUACUCCGCCGUCUACCAAUCGUAUUCGCAUUGCACAAGCAGAUUCACCAGAUUGAGCAAAGGCGACAGGCGUUGUUUGUGGGCUUCUUCGGUCCCAUUGGCGUCAGUGCGAUCUUUUAUCUCUACGUCAGUCUCGAGUUUCUAGAGACUAUCGUUGUUGAUGGUGAGGUCAGGGAAGACGCUAAGUAUUUGAUGGAAGUCAUAAAAGUGGUGGUUUGGUUCUUGGUCAUCUGUUCAGUCGUUGUCCACGGCCUCUCCAUUCCAAUGGGUAAACUAGGUUUCCAUCUCCCCCGCACCCUCAGCACCGCUUUAUCCUUUGGCCGCACGAACUCUUCUGGUCCCAACGAUUCUCAACCUUCUUUCCACGUCCCCAACUACGGUACUACCACUGAUGCCGACACCCGUGUCCACCGUGGCCCGGGCUUUUCCCGUAGCUUGAGUGGUUCGCUGCCCAGCCGUGUAGUCAGGAUCGGCAGGAGUUUUAUCAGGAGUGGAACGAAUACGCCAAACAUAUCCAGGUCAUCUAGUACAUGUCGACCAGAAAACCGACCGCCGAUGCCACUGAGUGAUGUACAUCUUGCGGGUAGUCGGCAUGAGGAUGGACAAUCUAGUGGUAUUCGCGUAGGAGAGGGGAGUGCACUUGAGGAACGGGUUAUUCCUGGACGUACGAUUAGGUUUCAUGAUGAGCAGGCGGUGGCGGCGGCUGGGAGUAAACGCGAGGGUGCAGACGAUGAGUGA